AUCUAACUUGAUGACCAGUCAAUAUAUUCCCAUUAAAUGCAUUUGUCAACAACACAAAAAUGCCUCCUAACGGCUGAUACAAUCAUCUACCACAUGAACGAAGAAACGACCAAAGUAGGCUUGUAAAGGAUGAUGUUAUAUGAUAUCAUAGUGAGUUCCAAAUGUUGUUGCUGCUGCUGCUGCUGGUUGUUGCUCUUAUUAAAUGGUCCCAAAGAGAUGAAACACCAUUUAUUUUCUCAUUAAUGCUUGCACGCAAAGUAUAUCUCAUCAAUACAUCAAAAUUCCUCUAACAAAAUAAAGUUCACAAGCACAGUAACAACUUCAAAACCCUUUAACACCUAACAAUCUCCGUUGCACGUACAAGCUGACCGGAACAGACACCAGUAACUGAAAUUAUAAAUAAGGCACCUGAAAACAUUUCAUGUUGAAGUUCCUGCAGCAAAGGGAAAAUCUCUGCUAUAUUAUGAAUUUAAAAGGCAUUUAGAAUAUAGCAUAUAUCAUCUCAACCAUGUAUCACUAUUUCUUCAUUAUCACUCAUGACAAGUUGAGAUAAGGCUUGGUUUGCAUUUCAUCAUAUAUAUAUAUAUAGAUCAAUGCAUGAAAGUAGGGUAAUCUGUACUAAUUAACACAAUAUAAAUAAAAUUAGACACAGUAAUGAAGAUUCAUAUUUUCUUUAGGAGGAAGGCAAGUGCAAAUUUGUAUUCCAAUGAAGAAAUCCAUAUUAUAACAUAAUCACAUAUAAGAGCGUGAGAUAGUUUAGCUUAUACAACUCAUAAAAUUUAUUUCUAUUAUAUAUGGGCAGUAGCAUCAUUUCAUUCAUGUAUAAAGAGUGUGAGUAUCUACAAUAUCAUCAUCACUUUUUUUUUUUUUUUGGCCAUCACAAUAUCAUCAUAGUCAGACACAAAAUUAGUUCAACAAAAAUGCCAUCUUUUAUUCCUUCUUGUAAGUGUGCCACUACAUUUAAUUAAGUUCUCAAUAUUAGCACUAACUCUUUUGUUUUUAAUGCCAAAAUAACAGUAUUUAAGUUUAUAUUAAUAUUUGAUUUAUGAGAAACUGCAAGAAAAUAUAUCUAGCUUC